UUCCAGUUCAUCACCCGCCUGGCCGCCUCAGCUUUAUCUCCUCUCCCGCAAUCCAGUCCUCCAAAUCCAAAUCCCUAAUAUCAUUCCCGUCUAAUCUCGACUUCAUCUUCCCCAGCUCUCUAUCUCAGUUAAGAUAUUGUGAUUCUCUGGCUGUUUCAUGCUUCCACUGCAGGCCUGUAAGUUUCCAAAAUUCGCAGCUGUGGGUUUUACCGGGAAAGUAGCGUAGAAUUGGAGAUUCGGUCAAAAUCGGCGACGUGCUAAAAUAUCACCGGCCAGCUCCGAUCAAUCCGGGCAGAUUAUUUGCUACGCUUCUCUCCCCCAUAUUCCUAGGGUUACGUAUCGUCUCUCUCUAUCCAAAUUCCAAAUUGUCGCUUCCCUCCAUCUCUCCCCUCUCGCCGGUCGGUGCAUUUUCCCGGAAAAUUUCGUAUUUUCCGAAAACAAACCCGACCCGCGACUGAUUCCCCCGUCCGAUUCCUCUGGAUUACUCUUCCCCCGAUUUUGAUUUCUCUUCCUCUCGAAGAUUGAUUUGAUUGAUCGGAAUAUCUAUUUGCUUUGGGUUGACAUUGCUUUGGCAAUCGUCAAACUUUUCAGGUUUUUCUUUUGAUUAUCUUUGUCGAUUGGGUUUUCUUUCCUGUGAUUCGCUUUCUCUGUUCUGGUGGCUUGCAAAUUGGGAAACGAAUAAGCGGUGCAUAAGCUAUAAGUUUUGAUUUUGUUGCAGGGAGCUUGGAAGAAGAGAGAAGGCGGGAAUCGCCGGCCAAUUGUUAUUACAUGGCGAGUCAAGGCGGCUCUUCGAGGAAAAGUUCGACGUUCUCUAGCGCCCCUGUCAACGGCCGGAGGAACUCCAGCGCUGACAUGGGAGCAGCUGGUGACCGGUCGCGAAAAUCAUUCGUCAUUUCUCGUCCUGUGGGUUUAACUGGAGAGCGGACUGUAAAGCGAUUGCGGUUGUCAAAGGCUUUAACGGUACCUGAAAGUACAAGUAUAUAUGAUGCCUGCCGGCGAAUGGCUGCUCGAAGAGUUGAUGCCUUGUUGCUAACUGAUUCAAAUGCAUUACUCUGUGGAAUCCUUACGGACAAGGACAUAGCAACAAGGGUCAUUGCACGGGAGAUCAAUCUUGAGGAGACUCCAGUUUCUAAAGUAAUGACCAGGAACCCUGUUUUUGUUCUCUCUGACACUCUGGCUGUGGAAGCUUUGCAGAAAAUGGUACAAGGGAAAUUCAGACAUUUGCCUGUUGUAGACAACGGGGAGGUCGUCGCCUUACUUGAUAUAGCCAAGUGUUUGUAUGAUGCUAUUGCUCGUAUGGAAAGGGCUGCUGAAAAGGGGAAGGCAAUUGCUGCAGCUGUUGAAGGUGUCGAAAAAAAUUGGGGUCCUUCUGUUUCUGGACAAAAUUCUUUCAUCGAGACGCUUCGGGAACGGAUGUUCAGGCCUUCCUUAUCGACAAUAGUUCCAGAGAAUUCAAAGGUUGUAACAGUUUCACCAACUGAAACAGUUUUGGCAGUGACAAAGAAGAUGCUUGAAUCUCGGUCAAGCUGUGCUGUGGUUAUAGUUGAUGAUAAACCACGGGGAAUUCUUACUUCAAAAGACAUCUUGAUGCGGGUGAUAGCACAAAACCAUGCCCCAGAUUCCAUGCUUGUUGAAAAGGUCAUGACGCCUAAUCCCGAGUGUGCUACGACUGAUACACCAAUUGUUGAUGCUUUACAUACUAUGCACGACGGAAAGUUUUUGCACCUUCCUGUUGUGGAUAAGGAUGGUGUUGUAGUUGCCGUUGUAGAUGUGAUUCACAUAACUCAUGCUGCCGUGGCCACAGUUGGAAAUGCCGGGGCAGUAAAUAAUGAGGCCACGAGCACAAUGAUGCAGAAGUUUUGGGAUUCUGCUAUGGCAUUAAGUCCUCAUGAUGAUGAUGAUGAAUCUCGAAGUGAGGGAUCCUUGAAAAUGAAUUCCGAAGGAACAGAGUCAGGGAGAACCCUUCCCCAUCCAUCAUCGUUGGUACCAAAUACAUUUUCUUUCAAGAUUGAAGAUAAAAGAGGGAGGAUGCACAGAUUUACAUGUGAGACUCGAAGUUUGACGGAUCUAAUAACAGCAAUUCUUCAACGACUUGGGAACGAUAUUGACCGCAAUAACUUGCCUCAAAUUUUGUAUGAAGAUGAAGACCAUGACAAAGUUGUUAUCGAGUGCGACAAUGAUCUAUCAACCGCCGUAGAGCAUGCAAGAGUGACCGGUUUAAAGGGUUUGAAAUUGCAUCUAGACUAUUCGGGAGUUAGGGGUCACAGAAGAGGGACGGAGAGGCAACAGUCUAGUUCAGGAAGUUUAGAUUAUGCACAAGGAGAUGCGUGGGCAUCGGCUUAUAGCACAGUGGCAGCAGGUGCAGCAUUGGUCGCUGGGCUAGGGUUUUUCGCAUAUUUGAAGAGAUCCGGUAAUUGAUACACACGCUUGCCUGGUAAAAUAUUUUGUAUUUAGUUGAGUCAGCUCUGUGUACUCUGAAUCUUGAACUAGACUGAAGUUGAAGGCAAUACUACUUUGAGGGUUUUUGUAGCCAUAUAUUGGCUCAUGAAAACAAUGAGAAGUUGUGUACAGAGAAUGAAAACAAUGAGCCUGGUGGUUCCACUUGUUUUUAUGUGCUAGUGGUAGUGAGUUGGCAUUCUCAGAUUUUGUAUGGUUUUGUUUUGUCAACUCAUUGCGUGAACUGUGAAGACUGAAGAGGAUAGUACCUGCGGAGGGAAAGAAGUUAAGUGUUUCUAGAUCGAAUCGUUCUUUUUUGUUGUUCAACAAAACAAAGUAUUUAUUCUGUU